AGUAAGCAAGUAUCACAAUAUGGCCACUGGUGUUACAUCAGUUGACUGCCACAAACAAGUUAGAUCAUGGAGAUUGCUACGUUCUCUCAUUCGUCUACUAAUCCCAACUUGUAACUCUUCCACCAUUGUUGAAGACCAAGAUGCAACAAUAUCAAACAAAAUUCUCCAAAACACCAAAUAUUCAUCUUCACUCAUAUCAUCCAAGUCCCACACAAUCACAGGCACAAUAUUUGGAUACCGAAAAGGAAAAAUAAAUUUUUGUAUUCAAUCAAAUGCUAACUCCAUAACCCCAAUUCUCCUUCUUGAACUAGCAGUUCCAACAAACAUUUUAGCUAGGGAAAUGAGCAAAGGAACGCUACGAAUCGCGCUAGAGAGUAGUAGUAGUAGUAACAAUGGAAGAUCUUCGUCAACGGUUUUGUCGACGCCUUUUUGGACUAUGUAUUGUAAUGGGAAAAAAGUUGGUUAUGCUGUUAAGAGAAGGCCUUCUAAUACUGAUUUUGAAGUGUUGAAUUUGAUGCGUUCGGUUGUUGUUGGAACCGGAGUAAUGAAGUGUAACGGAGAAGAUGAUGAUGAUAAUGAUGAAGUUAUGUAUUUGAGAAGUAGUUUUAAGAGAGUUGGUGGUGGAUCUUCUGAAUGUGAAUCUUUUCAUUUGAUUGAUCCUGAAGGUGAUAAUAUUCAUCAAGAACUAAGUAUUUUCUUUUUAAGGUCAAGGUGA